GUAAUAGAAAUUUUUCACUGUUUGGAUGGUCGAAAACGUAACGAUCGGUAAGAGCUCAUAGCUCAUUAAUUAUUCAUAUAGAAUCUGUCACCAGAGGGCGUAUAAGUUUUUCGGACUCACCAUUAUGUCCAUAUGUCCACUGUGACAAUUCAGACAAAGAGUAAAGACAUUUAAUCACAGAGUUAAGAGAUGGAUGAAGAAUUUAAUCAAAGAGCAAAACUGAAACAGAAAGUUUUACUGUUUGAACUUACUAAAGCUAUUACCAAUUCAGCGGAAGAUGUUGCUACAGAGAUGAUUGACAGUGGGGCUGAUUUAGAUGCUACUAUAAUUUAUUCCAAGACCCCACUGUCUUAUGCUUUAGAGACAGGCUGUGAAAAUAUUGCCAGAAAACUUCUCAGCAGAGGAGCUGAUCCUGAGAAAACAGCAACUUGUGAAAAAUCAAAGAAAAUUCUCAGACCUAUUCACUUUGCAUGCAAAUUCAAACAGACAAAUUUCCUCUCUGAUUUACUGAAAAAGAAUGUCGACAUGGAAGUCCCAUGCAGUGCCGGGUUGAGUGCUCUACAUUAUGCUGCUGCUGAAGGUUGUACGGAAAUCUGUUCUGAGCUGAUCAAGUAUGGUGCUGAUGUUAAUAAGCCAGAUACCUACAAUCUAACUCCUCUUCACAGAGCGGCAGAAAAUGGACACGUUGCUGUGGUUGAGUUACUUGUCAAUUCAGGAGCCGAUCUCAGUGUGGUAGAUAACUUUGGAAACACACCACUGCUGAUGGCUUGCUAUUUUAACAAGAAGAAAGCAGCAAGAUCCUUAUUGCAGUUUUGCAAUAAUGUAAACACAAGUGACAAAGAGGGAAAUUCAUCCCUUCAUAUCAUUAGUAGUUUUUGUCAACGAACAAAGGAAAGUUUUGUAAAAUCAAAUUACAAGUUCAUUAUAUCUGGGAAAGAUUAUUCUAGGUUUGAUCAAAUUCAUAAUGAUGUGCAAGUAAAUUUUCUCCUUGAUCUUUUAAUUUCCUUUGGUGCAAAUGUUAAAGCAAGAAACAAUCGAGGAUUAUCUACCUUUGAUGGUGCUAAAUCUUAUUUGAAAGAUCCAGGAAUUGAACUUUUCUUGUUAAGAAAACUUGUAGGCGCUGGACUUUGGAUUCAAGAUUUUUCACCUGACACAGUUUUAACAUCUGCCUGUAUUACAAAGUACACCUGGUCACUGUAUGUACAAGGACUAUCUAAUUUGCAGGAACAGCAAAUGACACUCAAGCAGCAAUGCAAAAAUGCUGUGCGAAAAGACCUUCACUUAACUAGUGGCAAAACAAUGAAGCAGUCUAUUGAAUGUUUACCUCUGCCAACUGACUUGAAAAAGUUUUUGCAAUGAUGUUACUGGAUAUGCAAAAAGUAGAGAACACAAAUUGAACUAUAGAACAAAAUGAUUAUUAUAUUUGUUUGGCAUUGAUUUCCCAUGUGUUCAUUUUUCCAGGUGUGUUAAUUACAUGAACAAUUAUUGUAUUACAGUAGAUGUACUAAGUGUGUAUCAUUUUUGUGUACUUUUUAUAGAAAUAGUUUUUGUGUGUAAAUUUAUAUGGGGGAAUA